CGGGGAUGUUUCAGCGGCAUGCGCGUCUCCUUCCAGAGAGGAUUUAAUCUCCGCUCGUCGUGAAAUAAGUCGACAAGUCACCGAAGAUGAGCGCUCUGCAGACCUUCGUCUUACUCUGCCUCCUGCACCAGGUCACAUGCAGGAAGGUGCACGGAGGAGCCACGGAGCUCAUCGAGUGGAGGGACAGCGAUAAUGAACAGAAGAUAUCUCCCACGGGUGCCAGUCCUCGGAUCCUCAACCCCCUGCGUUUGUUCGCCAGGGCCUCCCCCGAGUUCAAGAGCAACAUGAGGGAGAUGACAUAUUUACAAAACAUGGAGGACUUCUGGGACUGGUUAUCUAACCAGACAGAUGCUCAGGGGGCACAGGCCAGAACUAAACGCAGGCCCAUCGUCAAGACCGGCAAGUUCAAAAAGAUGUUCGGGUGGGGGGACUUCCACUCCAACAUCAAGACCGUCAAGCUCAACCUGCUGAUCACGGGGAAGAUCGUGGACCACGGGAACGGCACGUUCAGCGUCUACUUCCGCCACAACUCCACCGGCCUGGGCAACGUGUCGGUCAGCCUGGUGCCGCCCUCCAAGGUGGUGGAGUUCGAGAUCGCCCAGCAGUCCACGCUGGAGACCAAAGACACCAAGUCGUUCAACUGUCGCAUCGAGUACGAGAAGACGGACCGCAACAAGAAGACUGCGCUGUGCAGCUUCGACCCGUCCAAGGUGUGCUACCAGGAGCAGACGCAGAGCCACGUGUCGUGGCUCUGCUCGAAACCCUUCAAGGUCAUAUGCAUCUACAUCGCCUUUUACAGCGUGGACUAUAAACUGGUGCAGAAGGUGUGCCCCGACUACAACUACCACAGCGACACACCCUACUCCUCCACAGGAUGACCCAGCUGGCGCUAGUGUGCAUCAGCCUUUUGUUUUGUCUCCAAACGAUGUAAAUGUCAAGCUCUGAAUUCCUAAAACCCUUAAAUACCUGAAAGUGUGACACAGCGGAGGCAUUUAGUCAAACUUUUGUACAUAUAUAUAUCGCACAAGUAUACAGAUCCGGGACUUCAGGUAGUUAAGAGUGAAGGGAUUGGGUUUUGGGGGGUUGACUCGGGACUCGGAGGUAGUGGAUCCUCCCCCAUCACAACAGCACAUGUUCUCUGUAAACCACUGAUAUAAUUAGUAUGUCAUCCAGAUGUUUGCUUGAAGGGAAGGCCGUUACCAUCGGCAAGGAGCCUUUCCCGGUCGGAACUGCACCGCUAGCUUCUGCCGGCGUGCAUCGAACACCGUCAGCCAUUUUCCUCACCCCGGUCAGAACAGUUGUGAAGUGAAGUUCAACACGAAGCUGAGCCUCUUUAAUCAUCGCAAUAGGCUUCCGUUAGAAGAGCUCUUCACCUGAGCGUAAAAUGAAAGGUUUCCUUACAUUUCCCUGUACGGUUUUCUAAUUAGUCAAAGUGAUCUGUUCAUUGAAUUGAAUUGAAGCUAAAAUCCAUUUGUAUCAGCAAAUAACACAGACUGAACAGUGUCUAUUAUUUCAUAUUAGCUUGAUCAAUUUCUCUUUUUUUUUCUCCAUAAAGCAUGAGAUAAUUCAUACGGCGCUGCACCCUUCCUCCUUAUCUCUUUACUAGGGACUCCAAUCAAGUGAAUUGAUUAAUUCAGUCUAUUCUAAAGUGCCAAUGAUUAAAAAAAAAAAAAAGAAAAUCACUCCUACGAAUCUGAUACAAAAAGCCAGACCUGAGAGCAUGAGAUUACAUGUGCGUGCAUCUGUAUGUCGCGUGGCCGCUGCCUUGUUUGCUCCUUAAAAAUGCACUGGUCUCUCUGCUACAAUCAUCAUAAGGCAUGUGUGCGCUAAACUAGACUGAAAUCCAACAUCUGUGUUUGCAGGAUGCACUUUGAGGCAUCAGCCUGCCGAGCGAGGCCCCGCAGUGGAUUAAUGUGUCAGGAGAGAAGAGGGAGGGGGAAGCAAUAAUUGCAGGACAGGUGGAUUUAGUGAGUCUGGCAGACAAUUAUCAGCACUUUGUCAUGGUCCUGCCACCAGCCCUGACAUUACCUGUCUUUAAUAGGCUUUAAUUAGCCAGGGAAAUUUCAUUUACCAAGAGAGGAGACCCUGAAAAAAAAAAAAAAAAAAAAAAAAGAGGCAAAAGUACAGACUCCGUCUGCGGUUUUAAUGAGAAGUGGGACUAAAUUUGAAAUAUGAGACAUUUCCCAGUUGUACAGCAGGCUUAAGUUGGCUGGCUUUCUGUGUAAAAGUGGAUAAGAUCCAGUCUGGCAGCACAUGUGUUUGGACUCUGCAACCUGUGAAACACAUUUUUAAAAGGCUUUGGUUGAAAGCCAUCGACAGAUUAAAUGCUGCAGGCAGGUUGGUGCUGUUUGCUCACCUUACGGGGGGAUUUUAGGCCAAGGCUCGCACCACUGACACUUAUUUCUUGUCACCCCUUCUUUUGCCUGAUGUAGCUCACGUCUUUCUCCAUUAGCUGUAAAUGAUCCCGUCACCUCGUGCACGAGGUGAGGUGUAUGAUAAGAAACCCAAUCAGAGUUGAUCUAUGUUGAUGUUUUAGUUUUACUCCUUUGUGCAAAUGCUGUGUAUUAAUGUGCAACUUGAAGAAAAAAAAACCUAAAUGAUGUGUUUGAUUAUGGCUUCAGAGUAAAUGAUGUCAAUUUAUUCCAAUUUUUUCCAGAGAAAUAUAUCAGCAAGUAUACUGUUCCUUCUUUUUUGGGUGUUUGUUAAGAAAUAACAUGUAGAUAAAUGUCAAAUUUAACGCUUCCUGUUAUAGAUUGCUUUGAUUUCCAGUUUUGUAUUUGCAGAAUUGUACCUAUUUUUUGAUUUCCUGCUUGCUUAAACCUCGUUUGGAACAUUUCCCCUGUAAAAUAGAAAAAUACAAGCACUUCUGUGUGUAUAGUGUAAUUACAAAUGUUCAUUUUGGAAUAUUUGAUUUCAUAGAGAGUUCCUUUUGUUAACAUGUAACUGUAAAGAUCAAUUUAGGUUUUUAUGGCAUUAAACCUGAUUUGAACUUG